AUGACCUUGACCACCGCUGCCGUUCGUCUUCAGCGCUCUAGCCGUCGUUUACUACCGUCAUUUGCUGGGCCUGCGAGAGGGUUCACGCAAAGCUCUUUUAGGUAUGAUGAGCAGCAACAGCGACAGCAGCCAAGCUCAGGCUCAGCGAGUGCGAAGCUUUUUGCCGACGCCGUCAGAGAAGAGGCAGAGGAGGUCGACGCAUUAGCCAGGCGGGCGCGGAAUCCACUACUCGAGAAACAUGAGAACUGGACCGGGGAAGAAUCCAUGCAGGACGCUGUCCUGCGUAUGCUAGUCGACAAGUACAAGCCGCUACGGAGCGGGCCUAUCCAAACUGCCGACGAGAAGCUCAAGCGAGCACCCCCAAAGGUAUCUGGCCCUGACUCGCCAGGCUAUACUGCGUCUGCUACUACGGUUUCUGAAGUCGAAGACGGAGAUGCAACGAUCCGUGUUACUACGACUACUACUGUGACUGGAAGCACGGGCGAGCCUCGUAGGCAAACAGACUCUUUUCUGCCCGGAAUUGAAGGACACAAACCCUGGCAUACGACGUUUACUGUCCCCUCACAUGCAACGGCCUCCAUUAAGCUCGGAAACAUCCCGCCGCCGAAGAAACACACGCCGCUACCACUAGAUGAGAAAGCUCAGAGGAAAGAGCGGGAAGCUCGACGGAAGGCACUGCACGCGACCAGGCUUACCGGCGCAAGGGAGUCCGCCAUUGACUAUCGGUUGGGAAUCAAAGGAGGGACAGCGCAGGGUGCCCCCGGGGGGCGGCCGAACCCGAUCAGUAUCAAGGGAUGGCAAGGCCUGGUGGAGGAGCGUAUAGAGCGUGCUAGAUUGGAAGGUCAUUUCAAUAAGAUCAGCGGGCGCGGGAAACCCUUGACGAGGCAGCAGGACGAAGGGAACCCGUUUAUUGCCAGGGAGGAAUUCUUAAUGAACAGGAUUGUAAAGCGGCAAGGAGCUGCUCCGCCGUGGGUCGAACUGCAGGCCGAGCUUGAAUCGGCCGUAACAUCGUUCCGUGAGAUCCUCCGCCAAUCAUGGACCCGGCGUGCCAUACGAACGCUCACAAUCUCGCACCCCGCCGUCCAUCUCAGCUCGCUCACGCUCUCCUCCGUCACGGCUCUACGCGAUCCCGAAUGGGAAGAACGAGAGCGGUCAUAUCAUAUAACGGCUCUCGACGAGCUUAACGCUCUUGUGAGGAAGUACAACGGCGUGGCGCCCUACUCGGUGCGAAGGCCGUACUACAGGAUUGAAGAGGAGCUUGAGAAGGCGUAUAGGGAGAGUGGGGAAGAGAUACUGAGAGGGGUCGACGAGAGAGUUAAAGGAAAGGGUAAGAAGCCUGAGUUGCGAGGGUAUGCUGAAGCGGAGGAUGGUGGUGGAGGAGGUGUUUUGGAUGGGCCGGGGGAGGUCCUGAGGAUUCGCGACGUGAUCAGGGAGUGGUUUGCAUGGCUGAGGAGGAAAUAGCCGCCUCGUAGUUAAGGUAUGGCAGAUGCUGCCAUAUGACCCUGUCGACGAUCCGGAAUGACCGUCGUCAGUGGGGCGUACGUAUGAAUGUACGACCUUGCUUUCUCGUCGUGCUGAUGGGACGCUCUUCUUCGUAUACAGCUACAUUAUGGUACUUUUAAUCCUCUUAUGUAUUUUUCGUGGUAGAAAUAGAGCUG